AUGAAGCUGCUUCGUCGACCAUUACGGCCACAUCUGAAACCGCUAUUAUUAACCGAUCUUAAUCGAAAAGAUGUACUGUCACCACUUUCAUCUGUGUCAUCAUCCUCAACUUCUCCAGAGCCAUCUGAUCGAGUCAACACACAAUUCAUUGCAAAUUCCUUCUUCGAUACCGAUGAAAAUCAGAUGGAGAAAGGUUUGGGUGCUGGGGGUGUUACUCCAUUUCAAAGUGAACAGAUAUUAGCUGAUAAUGAUAUGAAUGAAGAAGAAGCAUCCACAACUACUACUUCAUCAGCAACUACAACACCAAUUAAAACUGUUCGACGCAAAGUCUUGAAACCACGUGAAUAUACUCAAUUUAGUUUACAUAAUCGACAAUCAUCAAAUUUGAGAACAUUAAAUCGAACACCAAAAAUAACUGGACCACCUCCAUUACUAUCGAGAAAAACUCGCUCAUUUAAUGAUACAAAAAUAAAAUAUGAAUGUUUAACAUAUGAUGACUAUUAUGAAAAAGAAAAUGACUUUACAUUUAAUGAUUUUAUAUUGCACUCAGCUUUACCAGCACAUCAACCUUGUACGUUAGAACGAGCCAUAUUAUCCCGUUAUACAUAUAAACAAAUAUGCGAAAUGAUUGCCGAGAAAAUAUGGUUGGAACAAGGUGGAAAAGGAACGAUUCACGUGCAAACUCUGCAGCCAAAUAUUCAACCAUUUCAAAAUCGUGUACCAAUGCAUCAACUUGUCACUGAAAUGGCUCUUAUUUUAAAAGAUCACAUGUCAGAAUUAUUAGGAAGCCAAAAACUAAAAAUGGGUAUUCGUACGUUACCAACUUGGAAACGUAGAGAAGGUGCUCAUACUGAAAUUUUAUUAUAUGAAAAAGAUGUCAACGAAACAAAGAGUAUAUCUCAGGAUAGUAAUGUAUCAUUAAAUAUGAAACGUGAUACGGGAGCCGAGAUUGCUGUACUUGAUUGCCUUAUCAAAAAAGGUACUCAUCUAGAUUUACGAGCAUUUGCACUCGAAAUUUUACCCGAUAUAUCAUUAAUGUAUUCAACGUUGAUCGCUGCCGAUUUAGCGUAUAAUUGUUUUGCAUCGGUGCCAAAGGAAAUUUUGGUUUGCACUAAAUUAGAACACUUGUAUUUGAAACACAAUCCGAUUCAAACCAUACCACAACAACUUCAAUCCUUACAAAGUUUACUCUAUUUGGAUUUAUCAUUUUGCGAUUUACGACAAUUGUCUGACAGUUUAUUUACUUUGAUCAAUCUUCGUCAUUUGGACGUCUCCUAUAAUCGCCUUACAAAAAUUCCAGGUGCUAUAUCAAAUUUAAAAAACAUGCGUCAGUUUGCCUGUGACGGUAAUGAAAUAACCUAUUUUCCAUCAAGUUUAAUUCGUAUGGAUGAACUUCGUCUUAUCACAGCUAAAAAUACAUAUCUUUUACCACAAUUAUGGAAUCAAGAAUGUUCAACGAAACCACAGAAAUUAACCGAAUUAAGUACCGUUCAAUUAUGUAAAAUAAACUGGAAAAGAAUGCUACAUAAAAUUCCUGACGGAGCUAAAUCUUCUUUAUUUAAUGCUCAACCCUGUGAUACGUGUGAACAGUUACGAAUUGGUAAUGGUUUUCGCUCUGUGAUAACUUUUCAAAAUUUAUUCGGUAUUAAAGUAUUACCACUCUUAUUUAUUAGUUGUACAUCAAACUGUAUGAAAACAUUAUUGGAUAGUAAAGCAACAUUAACAAAUGAAGAUUUUAUUGCAUUAUUAAAAGCUAAACAUAAAUAA